CAACGCGCACCGUCAACAGACAUCUUCCUCCUGGAGAUACUUCUGAUUGUUUUGGUCCAAUCUGCUGCUCAAUGAAGAAUCUACGUGCCCCACAGUUCUGGGUGUGAGGAGGACGUGGGAGCCUGAAGGCAGGAAACAACACUGAGAUGUGCACAUGAUUGGCAGUGCAUUGCCAUGCUCAUAUACUGUACUUAUUUCCUAUUUUCUUCCUGGUUAGACAGGUGCAUCAGCAAAUUAUACUCCCCAUGCGUGGGUGAGGAGAGGUAAAGCUGGGAUCGCAUCUGUGUUGACACCUCCGCAGAUUCAGUGUGAAGCAGAGAGAGAGAAACACAGACGUGGAGACAGAAUGAAUAGAAAGAGGAGGACAGAGGGAGCGAGAGAGGGGCAGAGACAGUGAGAGCGAAGAGUGAAAGGGAGACAGAAGAUAUAUUUGACUAUGUGGGUGUGUGAAGUAUCAAGGCAUGCAUCAUAAUUGUGGAUUCUUCUCGGAGCAGCCGGACGUGUCACUGCAGCAGCAGGGCAUUAUUGGUCUCUCAAAGUGUGCUAUUUUGUACUUUAAAACAGUGGGAGCUGUGAGCGCAGAGAGCAACAUAAGAGACAUUUUCAAAGACAAAAUGGAAACCGCUUUGUCUCUGCUGCCUCAAGGAUUUCAUUGACUGUGAUUUACAAAAAUACUUUAACAAGUUGAAGUGAUGCAGCCUGGAAAACUAUGAUGCCUCUUCACUCUCAAUAAUCAAGAUUUUAAGCCAAGAAUUUGUCUGAGAUGGCCGUGAGCCCUAUAAUCAUCUGCCUCCUGUCACUGGUUGGCUAUGGUUCAUCCCACCCUUCUCCUCCUCCUCGCGGAUGCAGUGUGGAUGUGGACCCUCCCUACAGAGUGCUGUGUGACCUGGAGUCAGUCUGGGGUGUGGUUCUGGAGGCUGUGGCCUGCAGCGGUGGUCUCGCCUCUCUGGUCCUCGCUGUGCUCCUGCUUGUCAAGCUGCGCUCCAUUUCUGACCCCGCCAGGCGCUCCGGCAUGGGGCCUCUUCUGCUGCUCCUUGGCACGCUCCUCGGCCUUUUCUCCAUCUCUCUGGCUUUCCUGGUGGGGAAGAACCAGGCACUCUGUGUGGUCCGCAGGGCCUUCUGGGGGCCUCUUUUCGCCCUUUGCUUCUCCAGCUUGCUGGUGCAGGGUGUGAGGCUCAGGAGGCUGGUGGCUGGCAAGACGAGCCCAUCGGGCAGCUCCUUGGCGGCACUCGGCCUGGCCUUGGCCUUGGUUCAGGGGAUCAUCUCUGCUGAAUGGGUCCUGCUGACUGUUGUCAGGGAGGGUCACCCAGCCUGUGAAUAUCCACCUUUGGACUUUGCACUGACAUGCAGCUACACUCUCGGGCUUCUCCUCAUAGCCAUGGGGCUUUCUCUGGGGGUGGUGCUCUGUGGAGGAGAGUUUGGGGCAGAGGGAGGAGGUGGGAGUGAAGAAGACAGAGAUGGAGAGAGUGACAAACGGAGAUGGAAGUGUAAUGCUGUUUGGCUUUUCCUGUCUAGUUUGGCAUCAGCAUUGCUGUGGGUGGCCUGGCUGGGGUUUUAUCUAUACGGCAGCCAGGCGCUGAGGGGAAAGGGGAAAGGAGAACGGUUAGGAGGGGGAGGGAAGAAGGAUGUUAAAGUGCUGGAUGAGCCUGCGCUGGCAGUGGCCCUGGUCAUUCAGGGCUGGAUCCUGCUUCUGUUCCAUGCUAUUCCAGAGGCGCACCUGUGUCUCCGAAAACCUCCAGAGUCCAACACACAAGAUUUCUUCGACACCAGUCAUACGUCCCCUCCUCCACAUUUUGGAGAUGAGCUUCCUCCACACUCUCACCGACCCUUCCCAGAAAACCAGGCAUUUUCCAUGGAGGAGCACAGUGCAACUCUCCGGAGUGGAACAUACCACAGCAGCCAUGGGAGCAUCCGUCCUGGCAUAGCCUUCAGAGGUCACGUCUACCAACCCACUGAGAUGGCUCUGGUGAUGAACGGUGGUACAAUGCCCACAGCACCAAUCAACUACACUGGACGCCGGUUAUGGUAAUAUGGGACAAGAAUUGAAGAGGAUACACUCAAGUCACAUUUGUGAUGGAGGAAUUUUAUGUUGCCUAAGAAGAAUAAGAGGGAAAUAUUAAAGACAUCACAUAUCACUCUGAGUGGAUUUGAUGGGAGAUAAAUAUGUUUCAUGUAUUUGUGUUUCUGCACACAUGUAUGAAUUUGAUAUAUUAAAAACAAACUGUAAUAUUUAUUUUUGCUGAAAUGUUCUCGAUUGCCUCUUAAUCAGCAGACUGGACAUGAACUCAGAAGGGAGGGAAGAGAAAGUGAUGCAGCUUCCACAGUUAAGGAUAUUUUGUCACAGAGUGACAACAUUUACAGUGCAUUAUUUUGAUCAGCACAGAUCAGCAACAUACAGUCUUAAUUGUAAUAUGUAAAUACACUGAUGAGGAGUGUAGAGGGAGAGCUAACGUUAUUACAUAUGAGGCAGAAGUCAUUGUCUAGUGUGGCAUUUAAGGGGAGUAAUUGAAUGAGCUGCUGUUAGAUCGUGACAGAGUCAAGAUUUAAGGAUAAUUUGAAUGUAGUGAACAUUUCGCCUGAGCAAUUCUAAAUCAGUGCUGUUACUUACUGAUGCCUGUUCAUCAGUGAUGAUGAUGCCUGCUUCAUAAAAACUCAAUUUCCUUCUCUUUCUGUUUGGCAUCAAGCUACAACUCAGAAAAAACACUAGGUUGUUUAUGUAAAUUACCUGCAUCCACCCACAAAGCUUGCUUGGCCUCUGUAUUUCAUGCUGGAGAGCCCCAAAGGACUCAUAGUGUUUUUCUCUCCACAUCUCCAUUCCAUUAUCAGUGCUAUUUAGUUUGGCACAUUUCACUGUGGGUAUAGAUAAACGUCAUGUAUUUAACUUGUGCAGGGUUCUGGAGGAUUGUUAAGUGAUUUAAAGGGUGAAAGAUGAGUCUCCAGCUCAUGGGUAACUAGUUUUUAAUAAGCAUAUCAUAAUAAGCCAUUUAAUACUGCAAUAGCUAUUCUGCAGUACAGAGUUUACUGUUGGAGAUUGUGAUUUUGCACUUUAUCAGCGCUGAUUUUGUCUGGGCAUUGUGAUAUUUGAAAUGUAUGAUUAUUUGAGCUGCAUGUAAAAGUACAGUUUAAAGGUACAUAUUUUGUCAAACUUAACGUAUUUUGAGUGUUUUCUAGAAUUUUGAUAUACAUAUUGAAGGAAAUUAACAGUUUUAGUGCUGAGUUUCAAAGCUGAUUCUUGACACUGAAAACAACGGUUGACAAAACCAAUCUCAAGUGCUCAGCCAAUCUACAAUGCCAUGACAACUGGGCAAACUCUAUGUGCAGAGGAAGACCGCGCGGUAGGGCUGAAAGCUUGGUAACAUCUACUCAAAGGACCUUGAGGUUGGACUGUUUUGUCAACCAGUGUCAUUGUUCUUUCACUCAUAUCUUCCCAAGGUUUUUCUGGAUUCAAUAACACUAUGAGCAUUACUUGCGCUUUAUAUGAGAUCAGUGGCUGCAUCUCAUGUAUUCUGGCUUUCAGGAUCUCCUUAAAUUUCAAAAUUCAAUCCAAUAUAGAGAAAACUAUCACUUUCAUACAUCACUGUGACUUUAACUGGUAACAUUUCAUCAAUACUUGUUAUGCUGUAUUAAUGACACUGCUAAGUUUGGCUAAAAACCUCUUCAUGUUUGACUGGAGCGUUGCAGUUUCCAUGUGUCGAGCAAGAUUCAAUCCAGGAUAAUUUAUCCAGUUAAAAUAAGGUUCAAAGAACAGUCACCAUGUUCAUGCUGUGACCAUUUCCUCUCGCUGUGAGACUUAACUAAAUAACUAAAUAACUAAGUUGUCAACACUCGUUGUGUUCAGGUGUGUAAUAUUGUACAAUGAAAAUAUUUUAAUCAUGUAAAUAUCCAAAUGUGAAUAAGCACUGGUAUUUUCCUUUAAGAUGCUCUUAUGAUGAUACCACUGUCACUGUUUUAUGGCAGCGUAACAUGAAUGUCUGUAAUGUGAUUUGCACAAAGUGGCGAAUACAUCAGUGCACAUUUUCUGUUAAUUAUUGUCUGGUCAUUGAACUGAUCCUUCU